AAUUCCUUGCUAUUUUGAUUCUUGCUAUUUAGAGGUGGAACCGACAUGAAUCCCACAGAUAUAGAAAAUGUUAAAGUCGUGGUUCGUUGUAGACCACUGACAGAAAGGGAAAAGAUUGAAAAAUUUAAUGAAGUCUUAGAGCUUAAUGAAGAUAAUGGAUCAAUAACUAUCAAGAGUAAUAAUGAUAUUAAAACUUUUACCUUUGAUAAAAUUUUUGGACCUUCAUCAGAACAGGAAGUUAUAUAUAAUAUGGUGGCUAGUCCAUUAGUUGAAAGUGUUAUAGAAGGAUAUAAUGGAACUAUAUUAGCCUAUGGUCAAACUGGAACAGGUAAAACCUAUACAAUGGAAGGAUAUAACUCAAAUUUUGGAAUAAUACCAAAUUCUUUUUCACAUAUAUUUGAUUACAUCUAUAAUUCUGGAGUAAAUAAAAACUUUUUAGUUAGGGUUUCUUAUCUUGAAAUUUAUAAUGAAGAAGUUAGAGAUCUUCUAAACAAAGAUGAUAAAAAAUUGGAGGUUGUUGAAAGGCCUGAGAUUGGUGUAUAUGUUAAAAAUCUUUUAUCAUUUCCAGUCAAUAGUGCUGAAGAAAUGAGAAAAUUAAUGAAUCUUGGAAAUAAAAUCAGGGCAGUAGGCGCCACAAACAUGAACGAACAUAGUAGCAGAUCCCAUGCUAUAUUCACUGUAACUAUUGAAUGCAGUAAUUCAAGCAAUCUUUUACCUAAUGUUAAUAAUACAAACCCGGAAAUUAGUCUCGAUUCUCAAUUGAUCGCCUCAUCAAAUCAUGUCAGAAUGGGUAAAUUGCAUUUGGUGGAUCUCGCUGGUUCAGAAAGAUUAGCAAAGAGCAAGGCGCACCUGUUUGGAGGAAAUCAGAGACUUAAAGAGGCAUCCAAAAUCAAUUUUUCUCUCUCUUGCCUAGGAAACGUUGUGUCAGCUCUGUUAUCAAAUGAUGUAAAUCGUAAUUCUGCAAAUAAUUUUAACAGCUCUGGAGCUUCUAUUCAACACGUUCCUUACAGAAAUUCAAAAUUAACUCACAUACUCAAAGAUAGUUUGGGCGGGAAUGCUAAGACGGUCAUGAUAGCUAAUAUUGGUCCAGCUGACUAUAAUUACGAAGAAACAUUGAGCACUUUAAGAUAUGCUAAUAGAGUUAAAAGCAUUAAAAACAAAGCAGUUAUCAAUGAAGAUCCAAAGGAUGCCAUGCUGAGAAAAUACCAAAAGGACAUAGAAGAAUUGAAGAGAAUGCUUGAAAAUACGAAUGAAGAUGACUUACCAUCUGAUGAGGAUGACGAUGGUGGUGAAGAGGAAAGCAAUAUCAACAAAGAUAAGGUAUCUACACCUGGAAGUUGUAAACGUAAAACUUUAUCUCAGACCAAAAUCCAAGAUAUUCAAAAUGAAAUAGACAUGGAGAAGAAAUUGUUAUCGGAUCGGAAGGACCUCUUAGACGAGGAAAAAAACAUAGUUUUAAUUAAACUGCAACAACGAGAAAAGCAAUUGAUUGAUGCUCGAUUAGAACGCGACGCUUUAAUCCUCAAGCUUUCCUCUAUGGAACACAACGUCCUUAUGGGUGGAGGUUCUUCUCCUAAACCUAAUUCUUUCUCUAACUCAAUCAUAAGCUCCAACACCUUCCCGAACCCUGAUAUGAACAUGCAAGCACUACGAGAUAGUUCUCAAGAGCUGGCCGAUCGCGUGGAACGAACUCGUGCCUUGACUAGAGCCUUUAAAGAGACCCAGGCACUAGGAUUGGAUAUGGAAGAAAAAUAUGUCAAUCUAAAGGAAGAAGCAUUAGGUAAGACCGAGAAGCUCCAAAAAGUUUGGGAGGCAUUGCUUGAGGCUAAGUCCAAGAUCAAAGAAAUAGGUCGCGAACAUCAAAUGGCCAAAGACUCAGCCCUCGAUACUCUGAGAUCAUUGAAUCGUGAAUGUAAACUUUAUACCUCAUUAGUCGAUUAUUUUGUGGUGAGACCUGCUUUUUUAAACCUCAUCAAAGCCAACUCGGAAUGGGACGAAAUUGCUCAAGAGUGGAGACUUCAAUGCGUGGCUUAUACCGGCAACAACGUGCUUAACUCUUCUGCUUUUACUAACGAGGGAUCCAGUUCUGAAUCAGAACCUGAAAGUAACGAUAGCGAUUUCGUUGGAGAGGAUAAUGACGAAGAAAAACAGAAUCGAAUAUUCAACAAUUAUAAAUUGCCUCGUGAAAUAUUAGAUUUGGUCCUAAACAAACAAUUCGACGAGAAAUCUCUUUAUAUAUCAUUAAAUUAGUCUAAUUUGUAUUUAUCGUCAUAAAACAUUUGUGCAAUUUAUGUGUAAUAUAGUUUUUGAAGUUUAGUAUUUUUAUUACAUUUAUUCUACAGUGCAAUCAGUAACAUUAUACAACAUUCCAUUCU